CAUGUCGACGCCUCCAGCGGAGCUCAGCAUGAACCAGCUGUACAGACUGUAGAGCUGCCUGUGGCUUACUGAACAGACAGAUUUAGUAAUAAGGUGGAGGUGGACCAUGUAUGAAAGCAAGUACGUUUACUUCAGUGGCACUGCGACUGACGGGAGAUAAGGACGAAGGACAAUACGACUUUGAACAUUUCCUGACAUAAAGAAGCUGCAGAACAGAAGGAUGAGCUCAUUGCACAGACAGCUGAGUCGGCUGCUUGGGGUAUGGCGGUGGAGGAGGACAGUCGAGGUUACUCUCUAUCGAGUCACUGGUUUUCACUGCAGCACCUUCUGUUCCACCACUGCAGAAUCAGUAGAAGCCAUAGAGAUCCACAAGAGGAAGCUCUUCCUAUGGUUCAGCCACCUUCCUCAGGAGGAGCAACAGUUUGGUGGUUACUUCAGCCCAGAGACCAUGCAUGUGGCCCCACUGAUCCUGGAAAGAAAGGCAGAGGAGAGUGCAGGUUUGCUCGGGUCCCCUCUCAAAACGCAGACCUCUUCCAGCCCCUCUGUGACCGUUGAACAGCUGUUUGAGCCCUCUGAUGCCUGGAAUGUGGAUCGGGGGCUCAAUGUGCUGCUUUAUGGGGCUGUGGGAACAGGGAAAAGUACAGUGGUCCGAAAGCUGGUGCUGGACUGGUGCGCUGGGACUUCCCUGGCCCACUUCAAGCUCCUGGUUCCUUUCUCUUGUGAGGAUCUUAGCCAGCUGUCAAAAGUGGCGUCCUUAAGGGACCUUGUGGGCAGAAAGUACCUCCACCUGAGAAAACACCCCCUUCUGAGUGGGGAGGGAAGCCAGGCCAAGGAUGUGCUCUUCUUAUUCAAUGGGAUGGAGAAGAUGAAACUGGACUUCCGGAUUGGAGCCACAGAGCUGUGUAGUGAUCCCAAUGAGGCCUUGCCUCCAGGUGUACUGGUGGUGAACCUGCUGAGGAAAUACCUCCUACCUGAGGCCACCAUCUUGGUUACUACCAGACUGUCUGCCCUGGACCGUAUCCCUCAGAAGUAUGUGAGUCGUUAUGCACAAAUUUGUGGCUUCAAUGACCCAGAACGCCAGCGGGCGUACUUCACCAGCCGCCUACUGCAGCAGAGUGGGGAGGCUGCACGUCAUCACGAGGCCCAGGCUCUUAUAGAGCUCCUCUACCUCAACCUCCAGAGAGAAAGCCAGCUGGCUGCAGCCUGCUUCCUCCCCUCAUACUGCUGGCUCACAUGUGCUACCCUGCACUUCCUUCAUUUCACCGACGCCAAUGCACCCAUUCGCACGCUGACUGGCAUACACACCAGUUUCCUCAGGCUUAACUUUGGGGGUGAGAUUCUGGGCACAGGUACAGGGACGAAUGUGCCUAUUCAGGAGCACCACAGUUCUCUGAUGUUGUAUGUAGUCCGUACAGUUGGUAAACUUGCGUUUGACGGUGUGACAUACAAACGCACAUCAUUCUCGGAAAAGGAACUGGAGCAGUGGAUAGGAGGGAAGACUAAGACAGAUGAGGAGCUCCGUCAGCUGGCCAUGUUCCGGACUGACGUGCUAGACUUCUUUUUGGCUCCCUGUGUAGAAAGUAGUAAGCAUUUACCAGAAAAACCAAGCGAGAAUGAUGAGAGGCGGUAUGUGUUUGCUGUCCCAGCCAUGCAGGAGUACUUGGCAGCUCUCUACGUGGUUCUAGGAGAGAAUAGAUCGGCUCUGGAGAAGUUGAGCAGGCAGGUGUCUGUGGCCAUUGGUCAGACAAGUGAGGAUGUCAAUGCCCUCGUCAACAUCCUUUCUAAGUUCAUCCCCUUCCGUAUCUUUGCUAUAUUUAACCUUCUCAAGCUUUUUCCAAAGCUUUUUGAAAAAAUCAGCAGUUACAACAAAGGCAGCAUUGCCAGAACCAUGGCAGCUGAGAUGUUCCGCACUGAGGAUAGCUACAACGAGGAUGUCUUGGAUCAGGUGGAGCAAAGCCUCCUGGGAGUCCAUGGCCCGCAGCCGAAGCAGUACAGUGAAGGCCAGCCUUUUGAGCUCUACCCUAUCUUCAUGGGUGGACUGUUGCAUUAUGGUAACCGUGUCCUUCUCCAGCAACUUGGCUGCAGCAUUCAGAGCACCACUGUGGCCCAGAUCACACAUGCCUUGAGGAAGUACCUUGUCAGAGAGCUCAGCAAGCCACAACCACCAGAGGAGUUGAUGGAUCUGCUGGUCCUUCUAUAUGAGUUUCAAAACCCCAGACUGACUGCAGAGGUUCUGACCUCAAUCAGAACCAUACGUCUCACCAACAUUCGUAUGACACCACUCAAAUGCUUCGUACUGAGUUAUGUGCUCUCAUGCACCCCAUCAAGUUACCAUCUUGAAGAGCUGGACCUGUCCUCCUGUCUCCUGACCCACAACAUGCUUCAGAUGCUGUGGCCUGCCUUCCGACACACACAUAACCUCAAUCUGCAGUUUAACAGCCUGGGUCCUGAGUCCUGCAUCCUCCUGAGAAAUCUGCUACUAGACCCCAAGAGUUCUAUUAGAUCUCUACAACUGUGUGAUAAUCCUCUGUUGGAGUCUGGAGCUCGCACCCUGCUGGAGGCACUGCCAGAGAACCAGUCCUUGACACACCUGUCCCUGAUGCACACUGGCCUGGGGGACCAGGGGGCCCUGGAGCUGGCUCAGAGGCUCCCGCAGCACACGCUUCAGGAGCUCAACGUGGCUUAUAACAACAUUGGAGACAAUGCUGCUCUGGCUCUGGUGGAUGCCUGCAGGGAACACCCCAGCAUUCACACUGUGCACUUGUAUCUGAACCCUCUCAGUGAUGUGGGGAAGCAGUCCCUGUAUGUCCGUGGUGGUCCCAAGAACCACAGCAGCACUGGCCGGCGGGUCAGGGUCCUUGCUUCAGUCACUGAAGGCUCAGACAUCUCAGAGGACUGGCACCCCAUUCUCAGUGUAAUACGAGAGAAUGCCUCCUCCUGGGACCGUGAACGUGUCAAGCAGCAGCUUAAGGUUUUCCUGAGGGAUCUGGAGUGGGGGCGUCAGCAGCAGCAGAGCCUCUGGAAGAGGUUGCACUUCCGCAGGGUGGAGAAGGGAGUGCAGCAGACUCUACAGAUGCUGGAGAAGGACACUCUACCUCCAUCCAAAGUAUACCGCAAGUAACCACUUAGGACAGAAACAACGUUUUCAGUAGCAUAUCAAGUUUUGAAUCUAGAAGUGUGUCGACUUAGGAGAAGAAUUUGCAGCUAGUCUAAGCUGGCGAUCCAGGGGAUACAGCGUCAUUCUUGUAAAGGGCAUGACUUCAUUCAACUAUAUUUACAAAGUUGUUCAUAGAUACUCCUUGACAAUAGAGAGCUGAAUCUUCCCAAAGUGCCAGAGUCAUACAUAAUAUAACUUGGAAUUUUGCAGGGUCUGUCUCAUUGAGGCUUUGACCAUUUAUUGAAGCAAUAUGCAUUUUAGUUUGGCAGUGGUCAUGCUCAUGUGAUCUGAAACACAUCUGAGCAAGCUUGUUACAAAACUGUCCCUGAACUCAAAAACACCCCAGCAGAGCCUGAGACACACACAUUUAAUAAACAUGAACACAUUAAAACCUAUGACAUAUAAGUAAAUGCUAAUACAAGGGGGUGGCUUGGGAGUUGGAGGGAGUUCCUGCAAAUCUUUGAAAGAAGGCAGCAACGCACCAGUGAGGAUGAAGAGCUCAGCCUUGUUACAUUCAGAAUGAAUUAGCUCCAAAUGUAUAGUGCCUAUUCAGAGAGAAUUGACCACCAUGCCAGCCUAAACAAUCACAAGGCUCCACUGAUGAUGAAACUGUAUUGUGGGUUAUCAUAUAUAUAUGAUAUAUGGAUACUACAUUUGUGAUACCCCUGUACUUGGUGUAGUGUUCCAGAUGUGUCUGUGUAUAAGUUUAUUGAAUGUGGAUUGAUACCUUUGACUAAUAAAUCUCAAAUUAUAUAAAGAAUUUACUGACUCCCUCUGGACAUUCUCUGACAUCAGUGGACGCAGCUCUUCUGGUUGUUCCUAGAUCCCAGCUUGUGAAGAGUGGUGGGUGGGCUUUUGCUCUUCUGUGGAACACUCUACCUGUUGAAAUCAGAUGGGCUGCAUCUUAAGUGUUGUUGAAAUCGCUUCUUAAAACUUUCUUUUAUAGGAAAAUGUUUUUAUAUUUAAUACGUUUGCUGGAUUUUAUGUUGUUUAACUUUAUUUUAUUCCCCCAUGUUUUUGUGUUCUUGAUCCUUUUGUUGUUUAUUUGUUUUUGUUUUUCUGUAAAGGACUUUGUAACCUUGUUAAGAAAAGCGCUAUGCAAUUUAUUUUCAGUCACUCACACAAACUGAGCCAGCUAAAUAAACUGCAGUAAUUGAAACAACUAUUUGCUGGAUACAAUCGAAAGUAUGUCUACAGGUAUUUUGUAAUAUACAAAAAGGAAUAUUUAAAAAAUGGUAAUGCAAUAAAUAAGAGGUCUUCUCUAAUUCCUUACGGGAAUAUUAGAAUGAAUGUUGUGAAAUCUGAAAAUACUGCCAGCAUGCUUUGGUUGCUUUCCUCUCAACACUCAAACUGAAGCAACUGACUCUUAAGUGUAGCCUCUUUAUCGUAAAAAGCACUCUCUAACAUGCUGGGUUAAAGUAGCAAGUGACUGCGAGUAAAAUUAUGUUAUUAAAGGGCUACUGCAGCAGUUUAGCAUUGCGCUCUCGUUAAGGUGGGGACUGACAAAUUCAAAUGUCAAAGUUGAACUGGACUCUGGGAUUUGCAUGGAUUUACUUGGCCUCUGUGGAUAGAUCUGGUGAUUGUGGCAAUUCCAUUAAAAUGUAUUGAUUUUACUGGUAUGACCAGACCCUAACAAAGACUUUGCCUUAUAAUUGUGUGGUCUCUGUGGCCAAGUGGAGAUUACUCAGUGAUGUCACUUGCAUUAUUUUCUUUUAAAAUAAAACAUUCCUCCUGAGCUGCAGAAGACAUUAUAAAGCUACUCUCACAGGAUGAAAAAUGUAAAAUCACCAUUAUUGUUCUUUAAUCAAUUAUUUGAUGUUUUUAACAUGAGUUUGGAGUGGUGGUUCCCCUCUUACUACUGUUGAAGCAGUGUACAGGUAGGGGUUUGUGUAAAAUGAUUGUGAAGGGAAGUCGUGUUAAGCAGUGAUGAUGAGUCAUCUCAGUAACUUACACUUCAUGGCUGCUACACAGACAGACUAUUUAGUUGAUUGUUUUUAACCAGUCACUGCUGUGUACAGUCAGUCUGUCACUCCAGUGACCACAUCGAACAGCUGCAUUCAGGUCAUAUCUUAAAUCACUUUUGGAUUGUAAAAUGAUCAUCAGCAACAAAACAGCCUCCUCAGUCUGUGAUCACUGGAUGGAGCUAGACAAUGCAGUUUUUGCAAUAAAAGUCCUGGGCUCCCAGCUUCAAACCCAGUGACAUUACAUACCAACUGCAAGUGAGUGACAGCUCUAGCGGAUACUGAUAUGUAGGAAGAACAAGCUGGACAAAGUGAUUAGAUCUCAGUGCAGACACUGUAGACAUAUUAAUACCAGGUGAUAAUGUAAUCAGGUUAAACCAUAUCAAGAUACAAUCUGGAUACAAGACGCAUUUUAAUGCAAGACAGUGCUCAGCUGUUGUUUGACCUUGUUCGUGCAUGGGUUGAGAAGCGUGUUCAACCUCGAUACUUUUUGUUUGUGUCUGUAGCACUGACUUAAAAACUCAAACUCAAAACUUUUCAUCAAAUGUCAAAUUCUGAGACUUGUUGAUAGAAAUGUUUUGAAUUUUUGCAGAUUUAGAAUCAUUUAUAAAAAAAAAGUUCCUGCACAACUGCUCUUGUUUAGGCAGCAUGUGAGAGCUUUGGCUUCUGUGUUAAAUGAACAGAAGGGUUUUGAAGAAAAAUAUGAUCAAAGUGAGGUGUCCAAAAAGUAACUUGGACAUCAAAACUUUUAAUCUCUUGUGUUCAUCCUAGUAGGUUGUUUUUGUUGAACGUAUGUGUCUGUUUAUGUCUAAAUAAACAGCUGUAUGAUGAUUUGCACACGUGAGACAGAUGGAUGGAUGAUGGAUGCUGCCUUGAUUAGGUUUUUAUUUCAUCUCUCUGAUUACAAACAUCCAAAUCCACUGCUACUCCAA